AUGAUCCUGCUUUCUGUAUUCAUUAUUUUUCUCAAUGGCUUCGUAAUGUUAACACUUGCCGAACCACCUUCAUCCAAUAAUGGACAGCAAUGGUUAACUGAGCAGUACGGGGAAGUACCCGAAGUGAAUAAUUUGUUAAAAAGAAAGUCAGUGGAAAGUUCAUUAAAGAAUUUGAAAGUCACCAAUCAUGCCAGCAAUGAAAUCUCAACAAAUGGCAAAACAAUAACAAACACAUCUAGAACUGAAGUUUUGAACGAAAUCCCUGAAGUACUUUUCAGUGACUUACCGCAUCAUAGAAAAUUACUGCUGUUGCUACUCCAAAAUUUUCAACGAGGUAAUCAUUUACUGCUAGUCGAAAACCGGGGAUUAGAAAAUAAAAAAGUCGCAGGCAGACUGCUACAACAUUUGAAUCGUUUUACGGAAUAUACGCAAUUGCACAGCGCCACGUCGAUAGAGUCUUUGACAGUAGAGCCUAGUGUCAAAAAUGGGACUGUGAUUUACGAGGAUUCACCACUAGUCAGAGCCGUUAAAUAUGGCUAUGUGUUAGUUGUAGAUGAAGCGAACAAAGCGCCAACAACAGUGACAAGCGCCUUGAACACUUUAAUCGAAAGAAGAGAAAUGUUACUGAGUGAUGGCAGAAUGAUGAUUCCCAAGGAAAUUAUGACUAGUUCUAGAAACAAAUCAGCUGGUUUUAUUCCUGUGCACGAAGAUUUUAGAAUGAUAAUUAUGGCCAGUCAAACUGGAUUCCCGUUUUUCAAGAAAGACUCCUCAGAUCUCGAGGCUAGAGAUGUGCGCCGUGCCAGUGUACUGCCACCGCCGGGAAAUCUUUCACGCCGCCGCCGAUUUGUUGCUUCAUCAAGAAAUGGAGAAAUAGGCGUCACCGUCAAAGCGGUGGGUUCCAGCCCAAAGAUCAUCACUACUGUGAUGGGUGGCCAUAGCACAGGCCCAUAUGCUGCUACAGCUGUGGCUACAGGUACAGCAGUCGCCACAGCAACAGCAUUAACUUAUGAUAAGGGAAGCUCGACAGCUACGGCUACUGCUUCGGGCUCAUCGGUUGCUAACGCCAUAGCGUACUCACGCGAUUCAGGAGUCGCCACCGCCACAGUAACCACUUCUGGCUCAUCAGUUGGUGACGCAAUAGCAGACGCAUACAACACAGGAGGCGCCACUGCCACAAUAACCUGCACUGGUUCAUCAAAUUCAGGCGCUAUAGCGCGCGCACAAGACUCAGGGGUUGCCACCGCUACAGCAACUACUUCUGCAUCAGCAUCUCUUAAUGUCCGGGCAAUGGCCAGGGGUAACGAAGUCAUCACCGACACAAAAACUAAGCCCUAA